AUGAAUUUCCUCGAAAAUAACUACCUGGACUACCUGGAUGGGGCACAACUUAAUUAUCUCCGUUGCAGCCUCGUUGGCAUGCAAUGCGAUUUUUUAAUCCAAGACUUGGUGCCGACAUUCCAGCGCAAUAAAGUCGUCGAUCUCACAACAUACUGGAUUUAUGGGGAUUUAGCUUUCCUCAUUCCCGCCUCUGAUGAAACGGCCAACAUAGGCGCUGUCGUUAAACCCUUUCAAUGGCCGGUUUGGUUGGGACUUGGCCUAUCGAUUGCAUUCGUUAUCGCGGUUUUGAAUUUAAUCCAGCGCUACCCGGAAUAUGCAAUUGAAACUAUUGUUCGACAAAACGAAAAGACGAAUCAGACUGGUGGUCGACUUCGCGUCACGAAAUGGCAAACUGGAAAACAAUAUCUCUUCGUCUUCGGCAAUUUGCUCUCACAAGGUGGUUUUUGCCCAUCAAAAUGGCUACCCUACCGACUAGUCACUGGGGUUUGGACCCUGGCCGCUUUCUUCUUCGUCCAGGCCUACACGUCGACUCUCAUCACCUACGUAGUGACACCAGUACACCAACCGCUAAUUACUUCUGCCUACGACAUAGCUGAAAGAAGCGAAAUCCAGUUAUUCGUCAGAAAAGCAGGGACUCCAGAUGCCAUCAUUUCGAACAAAAACAACACGGGCCUGAACCUGAAACUACUAGAGAGACUCAACUCUAACCCAAAUUCACGAUGCACUUUCGCGUCGGACUGUAUAAAUAUGGUUAUCCCGGGAUCAAGAAACGUCUUCGUCGAUGCAAGUAUUUACCUCCAAGACGCAAUAAGAGACGGUUUUCAAAAGACUGGGAAAUGUAACUUGCAAAUAGCGAAAGGUACAUUCAUGCCAGUGUUUUCAACAUUUGCCCUGCCGAAAAACAGUCCCCACACCAAAUCUAUUGACCAAGGACUAUUGGAAUUGCAACAAACUGGGAUGAUUGACUACUGGGACCUGUGGUUUCGUCCCAUGCCCCCUCAAUGUACGGGAAAUGUCCACAGUGGGAAACAAAUGCCGAAAAAUAAACUGAAGCCUCUCUCCUUAAAAAACUUGACCGGCGCAUUUCUGGUCAUUGCCGUUGGAUUCGGCCUUUCGCUUUUAGCAUUUCUCGGUGAAAAAAUCAUUUCUUUACGUGAAAGUCGCCGUAAGCACAAGCAAACGAGCACGGGCAAACAGUAA